AUGGUGUCAUCCUCAAACCUUACACUGGAGCAGCAGGUGGUGAUUUCAUCCUUCGGUGCAACAAAAUUCAUCUUGCCCGGCAAAGUGCCCGGCAAAGUGCCCGGCAAAGUGCCCGGCAAAGUGCCCGGCAAAGUGCCCGGCAAAGUGCCCGGCAAAGUGCCCGGCAAAGUGCCCGGCAAAGUGCCCGGCAAAGUGCCCGGCAAAGUGCCCGGCAAAGUGCCCGGCAAAGUGCCCGGCAAAGUGCCCGGCAAAGUGCCCGGCAAAGUGCCCGGCAAAGUGCCCGGCAAAGUGCCCGGCAAAGUGCCCGGCAAAGUGCCCGGCAAAGUGCCCGGCAAAGUGCCCGGCAAAGUGCCCGGCAAAGUGCCCGGCAAAGUGCCCGGCAAAGUGCCCGGCAAAGUGCCCGGCAAAGUGCCCGGCAAAGUGCCCGGCAAAGUGCCCGGCAAAGUGCCCGGCAAAGUGCCCGGCAAAGUGCCCGGCAAAGUGCCCGGCAAAGUGCCCGGCAAAGUGCCCGGCAAAGUGCCCGGCAAAGUGCCCGGCAAAGUGCCCGGCAAAGUGCCCGGCAAAGUGCCCGGCAAAGUGCCCGGCAAAGUGCCCGGCAAAGUGCCCGGCAAAGUGCCCGGCAAAGUGCCCGGCAAAGUGCCCGGCAAAGUGCCCGGCAAAGUGCCCGGCAAAGUGAUACAUUUAGCUGUAACAUGA